UAUCUUGUUUUCUCUAAACAUAUCUUCUUCCUCUCGACGAAAUCUCAAACAAUGGUGUUCGAAGCAUUCGAAGUCGUCACCGUUCCUUUCAACAACGAUGGCUGGGGUCCUCCAGACGCCUCCGACAAUUCCUCCACCAGCGUCGCGGCGGCGAAUCUCCUCCCGAACGUUCCCCUGGGCUCCUUCUCCCGCGCCGAGAAGCUAGGUCGCGUCGCCGAUUGGACCCGAGCUCUCUCCAACCCCUCCGCUCGUCCUCCCACCGGAUCCAAAUCCGAUACCUCCUCCAUCUUCGAUUUCUCCGCCUUCGCCGUAGACGAAGGCUUCGGCCUCGCUAACUCCUCCGGAAACGCCGACGAAGACGCAGCGUUCCGAUUAGUCGACGGCAAGCCACCGCCUCGUCCUAGAUUCGGACCUAAAUGGAGAUUCAACAACUUCCACAACCGCAACCAGCUCCCCCAGCGCCGCGACGAGGAGGUCGAAGCGAAAAAACGCGAAGCCGAGAAGGAUCGAGCUCGUCGCGAUCGUCUCUACAAUAACAACCGUAACAACCUCCACCACCAGCGCCGCGAAGCCGCCGCGUUCAAGUCGUCGGUCGAUAUACAGCCAGAGUGGAACAUGCUCGAGCAGAUCCCAUUCUCGUCUUUCUCCAAGCUCUCAUUCACGGUCCAGGAGCCGGAGGAUCUACUCCUGUGCGGUGGACUCGAGUCUUACGAUCGGAGCUACGAUCGCAUCACUCCCAAGGCUGAACGUCGUCUCGAGCGUUUCAAGAACCGUAGCUUCAAGGUCACCACAAGCGACGAUGACGUCAUCAGGCGUUUGGCUAAGGAGGACAAAGCUACUGUUUUCGCCACUGAUGCUAUCUUGGCUGCUCUCAUGUGCGCUCCGAGAUCGGUGUACUCGUGGGAUCUUGUGAUACAGCGCGUUGGGAACAAGCUCUUCUUCGAUAAGAGGGAUGGUUCUCCUCUCGAUCUGUUGUCCGUUCACGAGACUUCUCAGGAGCCCUUGCCUGAAGGGAAGGACGAUAUCAACUCUGCUCAUUCUCUAGGCCUUGAGGCGGCUUUCAUCAACCAGAACUUCGCUCAGCAGGUUUUGGUUAAGAACGGGAAGAGAGAAGCUUUCGAUGAGCCGAUUCCUAAUGUCAACGAAGGUGAAGAGAAUGCUUCUGUUGCUUAUAGGUACAGGAGAUGGAAGCUGGAUGAUAGUAUGUACCUUGUUGCUAGGUGUGAGUUACAGAGCACUGUUGAUCUCAACAACCAGAAGUCCUUCCUCACUUUGAAUGCUCUUAACGAGUUUGAUCCGAAGUACUCUGGUGUUGAUUGGAGGCAGAAGCUGGAGAUUCAGAGAGGUGCGGUUUUAGCUAACGAGUUGAAGAACAAUGGUAAUAAGUUGGCUAAGUGGACAGCGCAGGCUCUUUUGGCUAAUGCGGAUAUGAUGAAGAUUGGUUUUGUUUCCAGGGUUCAUCCUCGUGACCAUUUUAACCAUGUGAUACUAUCGGUUUUGGGGUAUAAGCCGAAGGAUUUCGCUGGGCAGAUCAAUCUGAAUACUUUGAACAUGUGGGGAAUUGUGAAGUCGAUUGUUGAUCUGUGUAUGAAGCUGAGUGAAGGGAAGUAUGUUCUUGUUAAGGAUCCGUCCAAGCCUCAGGUUAGGAUUUACGAGGUUCCGGCUGAUGCUUUUGAGAAUGAUUAUGUGGAAGAGCCUCUCCCUGAGGAUGAACAGGUUCAGCCUCCUGAGGAGAGUAGCACUGAAGCAGAGACUAAUGGAGCUGCAGAGGAUAAGAAACCCGAAGGUCAAGCCUGAUUAUGGUAAAUGUCAAGAGUUGUUUUGAGUUUUACCUUUUUAAUGUUUCAAAAUUAUGCUCUUUUUUUAAGAGCUAAAACGGUUAAUUUUGAUGGGUUAUGCUUUUUUUUCUUUUCUGAGAGAGACAUUAUUUCACUAUGUAGAAGACUGUUGCAUCUUGAAUUUACUCUUUAAAUUCCGAAGCUUUUGCGUUUUAA